CACUUUCAGCUUAAACUUCAAGGUGUUGGUGAUAAAAUGGCGCAUAUUUCAGAGAACACAUUUCCCAGUCUGUCACUUGUGUUAUUUGGGAACUCUUCAUCAGUCCAGUUUGGACAUGAAAACAUUUUUCUUGGAGAAGAACAGACGAAUAUGGAAAAUGCAGAAAUAUCCAGCAUUGUUCCUGUACUGAGGAAAAUAUCAGAGCGUCACAUGUCUGUGAUCAACAUGAUUGACUUACAUGAGGCUGAAAAUGUGGAUCAUCUCAUUGGUCAACUAGUGAAUGAAAAUGAAAUCCACGCCUUCAUCUUUGUUGUACGACUGGGCCAGUUAACAGAUGCUGAUAAGAUGGGUCUUGAAUGGCUUCAGAGUGUGUUUGGUGACAAAGUUCUUCAGUUUGUGAUGAUUCUCUUCAUCUAUGAGAGAGAAGAAGAGUGUGACACUAUAAUAGAUGAUCUGAAGAAAAACCCUGUCCUGGAGCAGUUGCUGGAGAAAUGUGGAGGAAGAUAUCACACCUGCAACAAGAUGAUGAACAACCAAUCAGAGAUGAGAGACCUGAUGGACAAGAUUGAGCGUCUGUUUAAUGAGAAUCAACAGCAGCGCUACACUGGCGAGAUGUACAACACUGCACAGAUGAGAAACAGUGAAUGUGAAAGUGGUCACAUACCAGAAAUGGGACAAAAUGCACAACUGAACUUGAUUUUAUUGGGGAAAAAACAAGUUGGGAAGAGUGCAGCAGGAAACACAAUACUGGGACGAGAAGCUUUUGUGUCAAGGAAAAGCUCCAAAUUGGUCACUCGAGAUGUUGCUGUGGAAUCUGGGACUAUUGAUGGGUUUCCAGUCACUGUUUAUGACACACCAGGAUUCUAUGACCCAGACAUGAGAGAAGAAGAAAUUGAGCAGAUGAUAAAUGAAAAGGUUCUCCAGGAAUGUAAAUCAGGUCUCUGUGCAUUUCUGCUGGUCAUCAAAGAGGAAGAGAGAAAAACUGUGGAGAAGAUUGAAAAGCUCUUGGGAGAAAACUACUUGGAGAAAACCUGGAUUCUCUUCACCAGAGGAGAUGAGCUAGAAGAUGAAAACAUGACAAUACUAGAAUUCAUCAAUGAUACUGAAGCACUGAAGACACUUGUUGAGAAAUAUGAUCAGAGAUACCAUGUGUUCAACAACAAGGAGAGAGGAUCAAGUGGCCAAGCUAAACUGCUGCUGGUAAAAAUUCUCACGAGGUAUUUCGGAGAGAAUGAAGGAGGGAGAAUGCUCAGAUGUAAUCAUGACACCAGUCCAAACACACAUGAUGAACCAGGCACUCCUGUCUCCAGUCUCUCAUCCAUGAGGAUUGUUCUUCUGGGUAAAACUGGUUUUGGGAAAAGUGCAUCUGGAAACACAAUACUGGGAAAGAAAGAUUUUAUAUCUGAGCUUAGCUCAAAAUCGGUAACCCGUGGAUGUUCAGUGAAGCAUGCCACUGUUUCAGGCAGAUCUGUGUCUGUAGUCGAUACUCCUGGAUUCUUUGACACAAAGAUGAAACGCAAGCAGUUAAUGAAAGAGAUAGCAAGAAGUGUUUAUUUAUCCAGUCCUGGACCUCAUGCUUUUCUCAUUUUUUUGAAAGUAAAUGACAGAUUCACUGAACAUGAGCAGCAGAUUCCUCAGAUUAUUGAGAUUAUGUUUGGUCAGGAGGUGAUAAAAUACUCCAUCAUUCUCUUUACUCAUGGAGAUCAGCUGAAAGGAAAGACCAUGGAGAAAAUCAUUCAGGGUGACAGUAGAUUAAGAGAUCUAGUUCAGCAGUGUGGAGGCAGAUAUCAGGUGUUCAGCAAUGAAGAUGAGAAUAACAGAAAGCAGGUCAAUGAUCUACUGCAGAAGAUUGACACAAUGAUAGAGCAGAAUGGAGGAGGGCACUACAGUAAUAAGAUGUUUGAAGAUGCUCAGAAAUUUAGAGAAGAGGAAGAAAAAAGGAGACAGAGAGAAGAAGAAGAGAGAAAAGAACAAGAGAAACAAAGACAAGAGCAGAUGGAGAGAAUGAGAAAGGAGACAGAGAGAAUCAGAGAAGACAUGGAAGCUAAGAGAUCUGAAUUCGAAAAACUUAAAGCAGAGAGACAGAGAGACGAAACGAAGAGAAAACAACAAGAGAAACAAAGACAAGAGAUUGAGAUAUUGAGGCAGAUGAGAGAGAAGAUUCUAGAAGAGAUAGAAGCUAAGAGAUGUGAACUGGAAAGAUUUAAACAGAGACGCAGAGAGGAGGAGGAGAGAAAACAACAAGAGGAAACUGAGAAAGUGUCAGAAGUUCAUGACCAGUCUAUUAUAGAAAGAGGAAGUGAAAACCCUGAAUUUGAACAAUUUUAUAGAAAGCAUCGGUGCAGAUGGCAUAUGGCAGCUUUUGUAAUUAAUCAUAUGACCACUGGUCAAGUUAUUGGUGCAGUUAUUGGUGGAGCUUUUGGACUUAUUGCUGGCCCUGCUGGUGCAGGUGUUGGUAUAGUUGCUGGUGCAGGUAUUGGUACAGCUGUUGGUGCAGUUGUUGGUAAAGUUAGGUUUAAACGUGAAUAA